AUGAACAAUUUCUCCUAUCACAGACACAUGCUAAACAUUCACGGUGGACACAGUCUUCAGAACCGCUCCAGGCGUUUUGAAGAGGUAGUGUCAGAGGUUCCAGGCCCCGGGGCCUACAACGUGCUGCUUGCCUCAGGAAACAUUAAGGCCGCUCUGGCUGAUGGAAGACAGGCUGGAAGGCUCUGCAAGAAAAUGUGGCUACAGGCUAAAAGUCUCCAGCUGGCUUGUGAGUCAGAUAUUCCAUCCAUUCCCUCCCCAGGCCAAGCCUAUGGCUAUGAGAAGGAUGUCCUGGGUGUGCUCCGCAAGCUGCAGCCUCCACCCAGUGACACAACCCUGGGGCCAGCCUACUACCACCCAAUGCUGUCAGAGGUGAGUUCUACACAGAAUUACAAAGGGAUCCACUUUGGUAGCAUGACAGAGAAGAGAGGUGAGCUGACAGUGCACGAGGGGCCGGGACCAGGACAGUAUUACCCGGAAAUAGAGGUAGAAACACACUAUGUGAAUCUGAACCUCCAGAAGGAACAGAAAAGUAAAGUUGAGCUUAUCGUGCCUCGCUACCAUCAACUGGUGAACCAGCAAGAAGAAAAGAAGCUGGCAAACCACGUACAGAGACAGUAUAAGGAUGCUGUCUAUGGUCAGUUUCUCAUCUAUGUAGACUCCCAGGAAAAGGCCAUCCCUGACCCUUUCCACACAGGUCCCCCCAGUGAUAAAGGACUGAAUGUCUGUUUUUGUUUCUCCUGA